AUGCGGUUAUCCGUGCUGAUCACCCUGGCGCUCUGCUCCGUGGGUUACGCCCGCCUGGAGCAACCCACCAGCUUCACCCGACUCCCUUCUCCUACCACCACCUUGCUGGACGAUCCUUCUCCAGUCCCCAACGAUCUUCCGGUUGAUUCCGAGGAAUUAUAUCCCGGGCGAUGGUUUCAAAAACGAGCGACGGACGACGCUGCGGCUGCGGCUGCCGCAACUGACGCCGCCGCCGCCGACACGAAGGCUGACACGGCGGCCGCAGCAGCAGCGACGACGGCAGAGGCUGCAACGACCGCAGAGCCGGCGACCACUGAAGCGAAAACCCCGGCGGAGCCCACCACCGCCGAAGCAACCACCACCGAGGAGCCCACUACCACCGCCGAACCGACGACCACCUCCGCUGAGAGCACCACGUCCACCACCUCCGAAACCACCCAGACCACGACCAGCAGCGCCUCCACCACUUCCUCCACGACCUCCAGCACCUCUUCUUCCACCUCUAGCACGUCAUCCGCUUCCUCCACCAGCUCCAGCGACUUCAACCUCGAAGAAUGGAACCACAACGGCAUGAUCGCCGCCAUUGCGGUCGCUAGUGUCGUCGGCGCCGUCUUCAUCGGCACGAUCGGCUGGUACUGUCUCGCCAGCCGCAUCGGCAGAAUGUUUGAAAAGACUCCUCCGGCGCCGGAAGCAGCGGCCGCGGCCGCUGCGGCAGGGGGAGCCGGCGCAUCCGCCUACUCAAUGGUGCCGUUGGUCGACGGUGACAAACGCCCGACCAGCGAGGUUAAAUUCGAUCGUGACUCGAUGCUGUUCGCGCCGAAUUCGUCGCGCACGGAUCUGGAGUCCGUGAUGAACAAUAACACCCGACGUCAGACAAUGCUGUCGGCGGACGGGUCGGGCCCUUCGAGCGGACAGCGCGCAUCGGUCGCGUCGAACAGUAUGCCCAGGAUGAUCUAA